AUGGCCGAAACAACACAGGAUGUUGGCAAGCAGGUCGGGAGCAGUAUAGAGCCAGCGGUUCGCUCUCCACCCUACAUCACAGGAGGUCCUUCGUCCCUUGAUGAGAGUGACUUUGUGACGGUCACAGAGGAUCGCGAGCUCAGGCGAGGUCUUCAUCAGCGCCAUGUGUCUCUCAUCGCCAUCGCUGGAGCCAUUGGCACAGGUCUCUUUCUGGGACUCGGAGGAUCUAUUCAGACCGCUGGGCCCCUUGGAGCACUGUUGGGCUACACUACUAUCGGUGUGGUUGUGUGCGCGGUGCAGUUUGCGCUGGGGGAGGUGACGGCUCUGUUACCUGUUACUGGCUCCUUUGUCCGACAUGCAGAACUCCUCGUCGAUCCUGCGUUUGGCUUCGCAAUAGGAUACAACCUGGUGUACGGCAAUUGUCUCUCCAUCCCGGCGGAAAUCACCGCAAUCUGCGUUCUCUUCCAGUACUGGACCGACAUCAACCCUUCACUUUGGAUAGUGAUCUUCAUCGCCCUGACCGUCAUCGUCGGGCUUUCUUUCAUCGGCAUCUAUGGCGAGGUCGAGUUCUGGUUCGCGCUCCUCAAGAUCCUGUUCAUCGUCUUCCUGAUUGUGCUCGGAUUGGUCAUCGACCUCGGUGGAGUUCCAGGCACGCCUCGUACCGGCUUCCGAUACUGGAAAAAUCCAGGCCCGUUCGUCGAGUUCAUCGCCGCUGGCUCGUGGGGCAAGUUUCUCGGUUACUGGGCCGUCAUGAGCAACGCCGUCUUCAGCUUCGCGGGCACGGAAAGCAUUGCCAUGGCCGCGGCCGAGACACGAAACCCGCGCGUGGCGAUUCCAAAGGCCUGCAAGCGGGUUUUCAUCCGUGUUUCGACCUUUUACGUCCUGGCUGUGCUCAUUGUAGGCAUGCUUGUGCGAAGCGACGACCCCAGACUUGAUGAUGAGUCGGGCACUGCCGCGCAGAGCCCAUUCGUCAUCGCCGCCAGCGCGGCAGGCCUCAACGGCGUUCCAUCACUGGUGAACGCCAUUGUCAUCACUUCUGCAUGGUCCAGCUCGAACCAAGCGUUGCUUUCCGGCACCCGUGUCCUGUAUGGCCUGGCGCUCAAGAACCAGGCCCCCAAAGUCUUCCUGCGGACCACACCGUGGGGUGUCCCCUACGUUUGCGUGCUUUUCUUCGCCGCCUUCAUGUUUCUGGCAUUCAUGAGCUUAUCUGAUGGCGCCCUCACCGUUUUCUGGUGGCUUGUGGAUUUGACGGCCUGUGGUGUGCUGAUCUCGUGGAUCUCGGUGCUGUUGAACCAUUGGCGACUGCUGCAGGCCUUUGAUGCACAGGGACUGGAAUUGAAGAUGCUUCCAUGGCAUUCGAGAUGGACCGAAUUCUCAACCCCAGCAGCACUCUUCUUGUGCGUGGUGAUCCUCCUCACAGCCGGCUUCCCCGUCUUCACCAAGGGGAAUUGGUCGACCAGCGGCUUCAUCUCAUCAUACCUGGACAUCCCUCUCGUCAUCACGGCAUAUGUCGCUUGGAAGUUAUACAAGCGGACCAAGAUUGUGAAGCUCUCGGAGAUUCCUCUCGCAGAGGCCCUCGCGCGCGCGGCUGAGGAUGUGGAGCCAGAGCCGAAUAUGCCCAAGUGGCGGCAGGUGGUGGGGUUUCUUUGGGACUAG